GCGACUAGCAAAGAAGUAUUUUGGUUCUGAUCAGCGGGACAAACCUGCCUGGCACAUCAGUAGAGGAGAAGCAACGGUAUCUUUGCAAGGGAAGUGGGAAAUACACCCAAGACGGAAAACAUCUGUGAUUCUGUGAGGACCCUGCAGGAUCGAAAGGUUAUUACAAUGAUGAGACGGCGAGAAACGUUCCUUGUAUUUCUUUCCCUGCUUCGGGUGGCGAUCUUCCAGUGUCCAGAAGCGUGCAGCUGCACAGGGACUUCUGUGGACUGCAGCGGCCAGGAGCUGAAUGUCAGCACCAUUCCCAGGCUCUUUGGGAACACCAUCACCGAAAUCAGACUGAGCAACAACAAACUCUCUGCCAUCCCCAACGGGCUCUUCGACACUCUGCAUCACCUGAGGUCUGUGUCGUUGGACAAUAACCCGUGGACAUGCGAUUGCAAUAUUUUAUACCUGAGAUCUUGGCUUCUUAAACAAGAAGACCGGUCCCCGUAUAAACAGCUGACCUGCUCCUCGCCCGCGGAGCUCCAGAGCAGGCGGAUACUGUAUCUAACCGAGGAUGAAGUGAUCGCUACGUGUGAUGACUGGUACUGUCGCAUUGUCCUGAUCUGUCAGAUUGGACUGGUCGUCUUUAUCGCCAUCCAGGCUAUUCUUCUGAUAUUCGUUAUAAGGUUUUUGAGGAGAUUUGAGGCUCUUUCUGGAGAGGCCAUUCGGUCAUCAAAGUAAAUUCGUCGUCACUCGGACUACCAUCGACUAAAUAGUCAAUUGAAAACCAUUUAUCCGAUCAGCACUCUUGACCGAACACCCGCUGUUUCCCUCAAUGAGUUCUUGUUAGUGCCGGGGGAAAAAAGCCCCUUGUUUUAAAUGCGCCGAUGCUGGAAUUCUGCCUUGCUGUUCUUUAUACUUUAGACUUUAGAGAUACAGCGCGGAAACAGGCCCUUCCGCUCACGAGUCCGCACCGACUAACGAUCACCCCCGCACACUAGUUAUAUCCUGCACACUAGAGGAACAAUUUACAAUUUUGCCCAAGCUAAUUAACCUGCAAACCUGCAAACCUGCACGUCUUUGGAGUGUGGGAGAAAACCGUAGCACCCGGACAAACCCCACGCGGUCACAGGGAGAAGGUACAGACAGGAUCGACCUCUGGCGCAGCAACUAUCACGGUGCCAUUGUGCCGCCUUUCACCUCCUCCGAUCGCUUCAAAUUUUGUCAACUCCUUAAUAUCCUUCACUCCACAAUUGCAUCAUCCGUUUACUCCCCUGCUACAUAUUCUAUACAUUCUAUACCCAUAAUAUAAAUAUUUUAAACCCAUUACUAUUCUAUUGGCUCUCCUGCGAUGAACACAUCCCCUAAAACCUCCCGUGAAUUAAAAUGUAUUACUGCAGUGCCACACCAUUGCCCAUUAGUCAUGUCUAUAGACGUUCUUAUAUACGUUUCCUCUUUCGUUGUGAUUUAUUGGGUUUCCUACUUUAAUACCAGCAGCAAACAUUGUCUUCUCUCAUCCAAACAAUUCGCUUCUGUGACGAAUAGUUAUUUAAUGCCCCUGUCCCACUUAGGAAACCUGAACGGAAACCUGAACAGAAACCUCUGGAUACCUUGCGCCCCACCCAAGGUUUCAGUGCGGUUCCCGGAGGUUUUUGUCAGUCUCCCUACCUGCUUCCACUAGC